AAUACCUUCCCAAGCCAUCAUUUGCAAUCACGAAACAUGGCCAAUCGACGUUACAUCCAAAGGAGCACCGAAGAUAGUGCAAUCUCUGAGGGGCUCACUGCUGAUAUUGAGCGAACCAAUACUCUCUCUAGGCUUCUUGAUGCUGAACGAGAUGCUGUCCUCAGAUCCCAAGGUUUAGCAGAUGAUGACAAUACCCUCGCCCUGACCCUCAAGCGUCUUCUGUCUGUGCGAUCAACCACAAGCACCAUUGCGACAGUUUCUUCUUUUGCCAAAGACCAUCAGGAUGCUCUUCACGAUUCAACUAUUGGUUUUCGGAAGAUUGGCUUCGGACAGUGUGGCCUGGUUUUCGAACGCCCUGGUCGGGGCUAUGUCGUGAAAAUCUGCAAGCCUGGAUACUCGGACGGUCUGUGGGCAGAUUGUGUCGCCCAUGACCGAGUCCAGACAGCGUUUGAUGGACAGAAACUUGGUCUAGGCGUCUGUGUGCCGCAUCUGUACGCCUGGAUUUCGAAAGGGGCUAUCUGGUGGGAUGUCUACGGCGCUUUGUAUCCGCCUUCAGAUCACACAGACUUCCCCUUACCAUGUCGCGCUCUCCUCUCGGAACGAAUUCUCGCUCUUCCCAAGGUCGCUCGUUCCGCCCUGAUCGAGCAAUUCUGCCCUGAGGAUCAGCGGGAGGCUGUUGCGCAAAAUGAUUCGAACCGAGACUGUCUGGCCCGCGUUUACCUUGGACGACGAUCGGACAGCAAGCCUUCGGCCAAUUUCACGCUUCGGAACUUCAACAUGCAUCUUGACCAGAUGAUCUCAGUCGGCGCUCCAGUCAUUAAGUACGCUGAAGCGAUCGCUGAAGCCCUGGCAGUCAUUCACUGGCAAUCAAACGUUGACGGCUUCGACAUUGAGUUCGUCCUCGGCAGCGAGCCACUCGCCCCAAACGAGAAGCCGCCUUUCACGAUGCCGCAGGGGCCAGAGCAUUCCACUGAUUUGGAGAUAUGCGAGACUAUCGACGAGGUUGAUAUCGAUUUCCAUCAACGCACUAUUCGUCUGUGGGUACUGGACUUUAACUUGUGCAAUUGCUGGGAGGAGAAAGCCGGCUGGGAGAACCCCGAGAUGCUGAUUGAUCACUUGGUCUUUUCAUUCUUUGAGAAUGACCCGUAUUACCCGCUGCCCCUGGCUGAGCAGGAUCUGGACCGCGAACUCUGGACCACGUUCCGUGGCGCGUACCUGGAAAAGGCAUCCGAGAUCUUGAUGCCAAAGGACAAGCGACUCCACGAGCUUCCCACAAAGUUCAUGGAUGCUUGCGUGGAGCGUGAAAGGCAGAAGUUAGCAGAGGGCCGUGGACAUGGCUCGAGAGACCACAAGCAGUAAAUCGCUUGUGUCGGAAUCUAAAGACGGAGUCCAGUCCUAGUGGUAUACCGAGUAGUAUUGGCUGCAAUAUCGUCUGACAGUUUGUCAAGUACAGUCUUUCGGCUCUGGUGCCUGAUAUAAGCCAGGGAUGCUGAGAAGUUAGAACUCACUGAAACGUUGGUCGUGACAUGCCCGGUGCACACGCGAAGGCGCGUGGCGUCACUGGACCCUGACAGACGCGUCUCACAAUUAGCGGCACUUGCCCCGGAUGGGCAAGAACCAAACAACGACGCGAG